AGUCACUCCCCUGGCCUACGCGGAAGUAUUUGAGGGUUGCUCUUUUUCUCCGUCCCCUUUUGUUCUUUCUCUUUUCCACUCCGGCUUCGCUUGAAUUUGACGCCCAGAGCAUCCCCUACUUCACCCAGGAGUAUCCGUCAGCUUCAGCUUACACAUUCUCCAAUCCUCUCCUUUAUUUCCGGCCGAGCAGCACGUUGCUCAACCCCAUCCCGCUUCUUUCACCAUGUCGGACAACACGAUCUACCUCAUCACGGGCGCAAAUAGGGGCAUCGGUCUCGCAAUCACAACUCUGCUCCUCGCCCGCCCCCACACCACCGUGGUCGCCACGUCCCGCACCCCCGCCCCGUCCCUUUUCUCUCCCCCUUUUGAGGGAGGCGCAAUCCAUCCCUCCAGCAGACUCUGCCCAAUCCUGCUGAACGAGGCCGACCCGGCCAUCACCUCGGCCUCGCUCCCGGCUCGCCUGGAGGCAGAGCACGGCAUCACCCGGCUGGAUGUCGUCGUCGCCAACGCAGGCGGGUCCAAGAUUGUCAAGGGUCUCAUGGACACUGAUCCGGCUACUGAGUUGAUGGGUGAUUUUGAGGUGAAUGCCGUCGGUCAAGCCAAAUUGUUUCGGGGUAUUUGGGGGAUGAUGAUGAUAGAUCAUCCUGCUGCGGGAGAUGGUGGGGACGGUGCUUCUGCGUUCAUGGGAGGGGAGGGGGGAAAAGAGAAGAAGAAGAAGUUUGUACUCAUGUCAAGCACCCUGGGGAGUAUUGGCGUGCUGGAGCAGGAGUGUAUGCCUGGGAUUGGGUACGGCAUGGCCAAGGCAGCGGCGAAUUGGUUUGCGAAGAGGGUGAGUGUUGAGUUCAGGGGACGGGGCCUGGUGGUGGGUGUUUUGCAUCCUGGAUGGGUGCAGACGGAAUUGGGCCAGGCGCUAGCGGAUGCGAUUGGGUUCAAGGAGCCGCCCCUGAGCGUCGAGGAGAGUGCCAGGGGCUGUGUUGAGCAGAUCGACAACUGGACCAUGGAGAAGACGGGCCAAUUUCUGACCUGGACGGGUCAGCCACUGCCUUGGUAGGGUAGGUUCCUCUCCCCACGAAACAGAGCGCAUCGGCUUGCACGCCCUCGAUGGUCAUGGCCAAGUUUCCUUUCCUGGGCAUGGUUUAUGACUGGAUGAAAACGGCAUAGCGAAAAUCAACACCAUAAACAUGAAUAUCAGCCAGUGGAAUAGGGGGUUGGCGGCCAGAUAGUUCAGGGCCGCAGAAAACAACAGAAUCAGUCUCGAAUCAUCUCAUCAAGUGAACGUAUUAGCAGGAGAAAAGGCCCCGGACUCGGCAUGUUGUCAUCUGUCUACCACCGUUGCCCAGUCCUGGACCUGGUAAGGUCAUCUCUGGUGAGCUAGGUAACUUGGGAGCAAUGCUGCCCCUUGCGGUCCGAUCAGGCUCUGAAACGGGUUGGUAAGGUGUGCCACUUAUUUUUCAGACCGG